GUCACGCUUAGUAUCAAUUUAGUUGCUACACAAUACUCGGUGCGUUGUGGGCAACUUUCGUGAUCUUCACGCAAAAUGGGUUUGCUAUCGCUUCUGCGAAGUCUAAAGUCAAAUGCAAAUAAGGAAUUGAGGAUUCUUUUCCUUGGCUUGGACAAUGCCGGGAAAACUACGAUUUUGAAACAGCUUUCUCAUGAAGAAAUAACUCAGAUCACCCCAACGCAGGGAUUUAAUAUCAAAAGUGUCCAAGCCCAAGGUUUUAAGUUAAACGUCUGGGAUAUAGGAGGUCAAAGAGCCAUUCGUCCGUAUUGGAAAAAUUAUUACGAACAUGUUGAUGUUCUGGUUUAUGUUAUAGAUAGCGGAGAUCGAAAGAGAAUAGAAGAAAAUGGUAUCGAACUAGAAGAGCUGUUGUCUGAGGAGAAACUAUCUGGUGUACCUAUGCUUGUUUUUGCAAAUAAACAGGAUCUUUUGGGGGCUCAACCUCCUGAUGAGAUAUCUGAAAAAUUAAGCCUUCACACAAUAAAAGAUAGAAAAUGGCAGAUUCAAGCAUGCUCAGCAAAAAGAGGGGAGGGUAUCCAGCAAGGAUUGGAAUGGGCAUUAAAGAAUAUUUCAAGUGUUUCAAAGAAAUAAAUUUGUAGGGAUACAUUUUCCUUGACACUAGCAUUUACUUUUUAUGUACUAACUAAGCCAAGCAAUUUUCAUUUCAAAGCAUCAGUCAUACAAUUUAUCACUCUUUAGUGCGUGUACAUGUUAUUCAUCCAUAUAUUGUAAGGGUGGUAGAUUGCUUUGCAUUUCUCAUAAGUUGGCUAGUGCACCAGUGCCAUUAGCACAAACACAAUAGAUAGCAAUGAAAGUCUCACUUCUAAGUAUAUUUUAAUGGUCCAGAAUUGUAAGAAAAAAAGAUGUGUUGUGGCUCAUGUGAUUUUUGUAGCACCAUAAUUUAUAUAUGUAUAAUACAGCCUGUAUUGUGUAGUUGUUAGGUUAAACAUCAAGACAAUAAAUCAUGACUACUCUGUGUAAGCUUUACGGUAACAUAGGUUAAUUUUGUACAAAAGUUGACUUGUAUUGUUUUAGAAUGUGAAGUUAGUCAGUUACAGUUAGUCAGUCAUUUUAACAUAACUUUUCAAACCAAUAGAACAACCCUUUUACUGUUGAAUUUUCAAGAAUUCUAAGUGGUUUUAGGCAGUACAAGAGUUACUAUGGGUGGUAGAUUGUAAUAGUUACAGCCUUAAAAGGAGAACACUGUGUUUAUUAGUGAUUACAAUCUUGCAUAAUGUGACAACAUCAGGCUUGCGUAUGGAAUGUAUUGUCAAGUUUUCAUUGUCAUUGGUUGCUUGCUUGUUUGUAGGAGCAAGUUAUUUCUUGUAUCUCUUCCUCUGAAAUCUUGUUAGUCUGGUAUCAACCUGUAAGAAGGUUCUUAUCGGUGUUUUGCCUAAAGUAGCAAAGCUUACAACAGGUCUUUAGGGGUCUGAUUUCUCUCAGGCUUUGCUUCAGGCUUUGCAGCUCUAGUUGCUUUAAAUUUAAUAAUUAACCAUCAGCUUAUUACUGUCAAGUUGUCCAGUUAUUAUUAAACUGUCAUUGUUAUCACUGAAGUUAAUUUUACUAAGUGUAAAUCAUGGAAAGUGCAAAGUGCAGUGUAUUGCUUAAUAUAGAAUACUAAAUCCCAUUGACAAGGAGAUAUAUGGCAAUUGAAGGAUAAAUAAUAGUAAUCACCCUUGGUGAUUAAAGGUAUGUUCUCUGAUCAUCCUUGUUAUGAACCCUUUAACUCCCAGAGGUGAUCAACACAUAACUUCUCCCCCAUAAUAGCUGCUAUACAUUAUCCAGCAAACACGUAACUAAAAUGCUCAAUCUUAUGAGGUAGACAUUGAUGUCUUUACCAAACACCAAAUUCUUGUAACUGACAUACUAGAAAAUGUGUAUCAGCUAGAGGGGAGAAUAAAUAAAACAGAUCUUGGAAGUUGAAGGGUGAAGAGAUUUUACUCAUCUCUGCUUCAGGGUAUAUGCAUUGUGUUCUUUUAGAUGCAAAUGAUUUAUUGCUCUUUUUUUUUAAGGGUUUUCAUACAUGUUUGAAUACCCCUUGUUAUAUAUCUAGUGUACAAUCUCUUCAUAGAUGUGUUUGAUUAUUUUUUUUUUUUUGUAGCUAUGUGUAAAUUGAUUGUGUAUUUGGUAUUGAUAACUGUUUUAACAUUUGCACAAAUAAAUACCAGUUAAAAAAAGAA